UAAAGCUUGACACCUGAAGUCACAACACUUUACUCCUCAUUCACUCUCCACCCCACCUGGACCAACUCUAAGCCAGCAUGUUCACCCCUCGUCUUGCUAUGCUGUCUGCGCUUGUUCUGGUACUCAGUGCCAUCACUUUUACCGAAGGCCUGCGUAUGGCAAGCGGACCGAAGAAAUGUUGUUUUACCUUUGCUGAUCGUCAGAUACCCAGAGGUAAAGUGGUGGGUUACACCAAGACCAGCCAGCAGUGCUCCAACCCAGCCAUUCUGUUUAAGACUCAGGCGGGGCGACAGGUGUGUGCCAGGUCCUCGGACAGAUGGGUGAAGGACUACAUCAACUUCCUGGACAGCAAGAAGUCUGGGGAGCAGACACCACUCCUGUAACCAUGGUGAUCGGACCGUCAGCUGUGUCAACAUCAAAGCAAAUCCUUCAGAACCUCUUUUGUACCACUAUUUCACAAGGACAUGGCCAGUGAUCUGCCUCAGAGAGAGCAGUCAUGGUCCUGAGCCAAAACACCACCUGGGUCUGGGGAAAUAGAUAAGCUAGAUGAUUUCUAUAUAACUGUAACACUGUGAGCAGCCUGUAUGCCUGUGAUCAAAUGACAGAGAAUGAUUUGACAGAGAACGAUUGUCAAUAUUUAUUUUUUAAAUUAAAUUCGAUACACAAUUUUGUAGAAUGUGUUGUGCAUAGUGAUGAUUAGAUUAAAUUAGAGUGUAGUUCCAUAGAAUGACCUAGGUUAUGUUACAUUUAAGUAUUCUUGAUUACUGAAUUGCAGGAUAUAGGCCUAUAUUCUGUUUUAUUGCCUUCAAUUCAUUAAAAUGCAUGUAG